AGACCUCUGGUGCAGACCCACAGGGGCUACGCCUGCACUGGCUGGCGCGCUUGGAUUUGGCCCCCUCGUGGUCCCCUACAGCCGCGCACCAAACGCCACCCUUGCCCGGGGUCACUCGCACGUGCAGCCGGUCUGCUGCACGUGAGAGUGACACCCUGCUGCACGUGCAGCCGGUCUCCUCAUUUGUAGUGCCACCCGUGUUUUGUUGCACCCUGCUUUGAAUGGUGCAACAAAGAGGUUGCAUUUGAGACGCGUCUUUUUUCUCAUCUGUGGUGUCAUCUCGCUCUGGGGAAAAAAAGCUCUCACGUGCAGCCGCUGAAAAAUUGCAGCGCCCGGGCCUCGGGGCCGGCACACGCCCUGAGGCCGGCAGGUGCCGCGCGGGUGGCGGGUGCUCGUCGCGGGCCCGGGCCGGCAGGUGCGGCGCGCGCUGCGGCGCGCGGGCGCCACGCCGGUGCCGUGGAAGCGGUUCGCGGCGGGGAGGGUCGCGGGCGCGUCCACGCUCGCGUGGCCGCCGGAAGGUCCGUUCAACGCGUGCGUGCUGCGCAGCCCCGACUCCGCGGGGGCCCUGGAACUCGCGCUGCACGGCGUCGCCUCCGUGCUGCCGCCGGGGAGCCCGCUGUGGGUGUUCGGGGACGUGCGCGCCGGGGUGCUGAACGCCGUCAAGGCGCUGCGACCGCUGUUCAAGCUCCAGAAGCCAGUGCAGGAGCUCGGCGAGGUCCGCGUGGUCCGCGCGCUGCGCACCAGCGCGGCACCGACGGCUCCCCUGGAGGCGUGGCUGCGCUCCGAGAGCGUGGAGAUUCUCGGGCGGCGGCGCGAGUGGUGCUCCAUGCCAGGGCUCUUUGCUGGGGGUCUGGUGGACGUGAUGACGAGGCACCUGCUUGACCAGCUGCAGGCUGUGGACAGUCUCCCGAGGGAGCACCCAUCAACACCGCCAUGGAGCUUGAGGGGGCCCGACUGCCGCGUCCUGGACUUCGCGUGCGGGUCUGGCGUGCUGGCCGCCGGCGUGCGCCAGCUCUGGCCGGAGGCGCGGCUGGUCCUCCUGGACGCGGACGCCGUGGCCCUCGAGGCGGCCAGGCGUAACGUCCCUGGCGCCGAGGAGGUGGUCCUGGCCGACGGCCUUGGCGGGCUUGGGGCCGCGGAGGCCGCAGCUGAGCCCUUCGACCUCAUCGUGUCGAACCCACCCGUGCACAGGGGGCACGCCGACGACCUCUCGGUCCUGAUGCGCCUCAUCAGCGAGGCCCCCGCGCGGCUGCGGCCGCGGGGCGAGCUGUGGUUGGUGUCCCAGGAGCACGUGCCGACUGGGCAGCUCUUCGAGCUCGCGAGGAAGAGCCAGCCUGGGAGCGCCCUGCUGGUCACGGAGAUGGUGCCCACGGCAGACGGCAGGUUCACCAUAUGGAAGUCGGGAGCGGCCAAGAGAGGGAGGAUGACUAGGGGGGUGGAUCUCAUGGCCGGGGCCAUGAUACCUCCCCAGAUUUCAUGGCGCCUCUUCCUGUGCCAAUGCAUCCCUUGGCCCCCCCUGGGCCGCGCACAUGCGUGCCUCGUGUCAUGAUUUGCCAAGUCCGCUCUUGGACGCCCCCCUCUUGAACGCCCCCGAGGAAGGCAAGGCUCGCCGAGGCAGGGGCGCGCGGCGCUGGUGUGCAGCAGGCGCCGUGCCCGCUUCCCCAGACGGGCUCGCGACGACAACGGGGGCUCUUCGGCAAUUUUUGAGCCUCGGGGGGCCUUGGCAGGGCGGCCCUGGGGCUGUCAACGAAGGACUCGGGAGGGAAAACCGGUCCCUGCACGGGAAGGGGUCGAGACCUCCAGGGGUCCACGCUGUGAGCAAGUCACGACAUCGGAGGUCUGGGCUUCCCUCCGCUUUUGGAGAGGGUUUCCGUACGCCACCGCCAUGCCUGGCCAGGGCCAUCCUCGUCCUGAGGCUGGUGUGUGCAGACCCUCCUGGCUUCGGCCAGUAGGGCGCAUGCACCAUGCCAGGGCCCUUGUGCAUCUGGCGCCCGUGUGGCCGUGGUGCAAACUGCGUGGUGCCGUACGUGUGUGGUG